GUUUAUAUUGUCCGCCAUAUUGGAACGGGGAAAAAUGGCCGAGACAACUCAAAUGUUGUCGUUUCAUGAGUUAUUUUUCAACGUAGAUAGUGGUUAUCUUGAGGGUUUGGUCCGAGGAUUUCGAUCAGGAAUCUUAAAUCAAAGUGAUUACCUCAAUUUGUCUCAAUGCGAAACGCUGGAAGAUCUGAAGCUACACUUGCAAAGCACAGAUUAUGGAAAUUUUCUUCAAAAUGAGGCUGGUCCUUUGAAUGUGUCAGUUAUUGACGACAGACUGAGGGAGAAGUUGGUCACAGAGUUUAGGCAUUUACGCAACCAAGCUCUUGAACCAAUGGCAACUUUUAUGGACUUCAUUACGUAUAGUUACAUGAUUGACAAUAUCAUUCUGUUGAUCACUGGAACACUGCAUCAGCGACCCAUAUCAGAACUGGUCCCCAAAUGUCAUCCCUUGGGUAGCUUUGAGGAAAUGGCCUCCAUCAAUAUCGCAUCCACUCCUGCAGAGUUGUACAAUGCUGUUAUGAUUGACACUCCUUUAGCACCAUUUUUUGUGGAAUGCAUUUCUGAACAGGACUUAGAUGAGAUGAAUAUUGAGAUUAUCAGAAACACAUUGUAUAAGGCAUACCUUGAAGGCUUCCACAAGUUUUGUGAAGAUUUAGGUGGAACAACAGCAGAUGUCAUGUGCCCAAUUCUUCAAUUUGAGGCUGAUCGUCGAGCUUUCAUUAUCACCAUCAAUUCCUUUGGCACUGAACUUGGUAAGGAUGAUCGUAACAAGCUUUAUCCCAAGUGCGGCAAGCUGUACCCAGAGGGACUGUCUAGGUUGGCCAGAGCUGAUGAUUAUGAACAAGUCAGAGCAGUGGCAGAUUACUACUCGGAUUACAAGUCUCUCUUUGAAGGAGCUGGCACAAAUCCUGGUGAAAAGACACUGGAAGAUAAAUUCUUUGAGCAUGAGGUGAAGAUGAACACUCUAGCAUUCCAACAGCAGUUCCAUCUGGGUGUGUUUUAUGCCUAUGUCAAGCUAAAAGAACAGGAGUGUCGCAAUAUCGUAUGGAUAGCUGAGUGCAUUGCUCAGAGAAAUAAAUCCAAAAUUGAUAACUACAUUCCAAUAUUCUAAACUUGCAAUACUUCUGCCAUCCUUGUGUGGCUGUUAUUUACCAAAAUGAAAUUAGAAAUUGUAAAGUUUGUUUAAUUAUGGUUGGUAAAUGUUCAUAAUUUAGACUUUAACCCUUUACCUCCCAGAGGUGAUUAAGAUGUAACUUCUCCCUAAAU